GAUCUAAUGCAAGUGAGAAUAUUCAUGCAGGAUUAAAUUAAAGUCCAAGCAAGCAAAUUAAUUUUAUAUCUACUUCAUUGUACGUUGAAUGUAUUCUAUAGGAAGAGAAGCUUCCCCAUCCUCCUGCCAAUGGCUGAUUGUCGAUCACUUUGCUUCUUGGCAGCUUUCUAUGCAGCUGUGAUAUCUAUGGCCUUGGCUCAAGAUCAGAACGAAUUCAUCUUCAAUGGAUUCAGUGAAGGCAGCAACCUGCAUCUUGAUGGACUUGCAACAAUCCACCCGGACGGACUCUUGCAGCUCACCAACACCUCAAUGACAGAAAUGGGUCAUGCUUUCCACAGAUUCCCAUUACAAUUCAAUAGAUCUUCAAAUUCAGCUCCAUCUUAUUCAUUCUCAACAUGUUUUGUGUUUGCCAUGGUUCCAGAAUCACCUAGUCUCAGUGGCCAUGGGAUUGCCUUUGUCAUCUCACCGUCUAGGGACUUCAGCCAGGCACUUGCAGGCCGAUACCUUGGACUUUUCAAUACUUCAACCAAUGGCCGUCCAACAAAUCAUGUAUUAGCAGUUGAGUUUGAUACCAUUUAUAACCCUGAUUUUGACAAUAUAAAGGAAAAUCAUGUGGGGAUCGAUGUGAAUGACCUGAAAUCAAAUGUUUGGAUAGACUACGAUGAAGAAGAAGGGUUGCUGAAUGUAACUCUAGCACCAAUCACAAGCCUAAAGCCAGAUUGGCCCCUCCUGUCAAUUUCCAUUGAUCUGUCAGAAAUUUUCUUGGAUGAAAUGUAUGUUGGUUUCUCAGCAGCUACUGGUAGUUCAGCUGCCAGUGACCACUAUAUUCUUGGAUGGAGUUUUUCGAAGAAUGGAAAAGCACAAAGCCUCGAAAUUUCACAGCUUCCACAUCUCCCCACGCAUGAUGGAGAAAGUAAGAGGCGAGAAGGAUUGGUUAUUAUUUUGUUAGUAGCAGUUGUUGCGCUUGCAACAAUCUAUGGAGCUGGUUAUCUUUUUUGGAGAAGGAAAUACAGUGAAGUACAUGAAGAAUGGGAGAGGGAAUAUGGACCUCAAAGGUUCUCAUACAAGACUCUCUACCAAGCAACAAGGGGGUUCAAAGAGAAACAACUUCUGGGAUCUGGAGGAUUUGGAAAGGUAUAUAGAGGAACACUUCCUUCUUCCACUGCGCAGAUUGCUGUAAAAAGAAUCUCCCACGAUUCCAAACAAGGGAUGAAGCAAUUUGUCGCAGAGAUUGUAAGCAUGGGAAGACUAAGGCACAGAAAUUUGGUGCAGCUCCUUGGAUAUUGCAGGCGAAAGGGAGAACUUCUCCUGGUAUAUGAUUACAUGCCUAAUGGAAGUCUUGACACGUUCUUGUUCAGCAAUGGAAGACCACUCCUUACUUGGUCUCAAAGGUAUCGAAUCCUCAGAGAUGUUGCAUCUGCCUUGCUUUACCUUCAUGAAGAAUGGGAGCAGGUUGUUCUACACAGAGAUGUUAAAGCUAGCAAUGUUCUGUUGGAUUCAAAUCUAAAUGGAAGAUUAGGAGAUUUCGGACUAGCUAGACUGCAUGAUCAUGGUGCGAAGCCAGGGACUACUAACCUGGUGGGAACUAUAGGAUAUCUUGCUCCAGAGCUUACCAGAACCGGGAUGGCAAGUACUAGCACUGAUGUGUUUGCUUUCGGGGCAUUUCUGCUUGAAGUAGCCUGCGGAAGGAGGCCUAUAGAGCAAUGGAGACAGGCUGAAGAAGUAUUCUUGGUUGAGUCGAUCACAAAAUGCUGGAAAAGAGGAGCUAUUUUUUGUGCUUGUGAUCCAAGAUUGGAAGGGAAUUUUCCAGUGGAGGAAAUGGAGUUGGUUCUGAAACUGGGACUGCUAUGUUCACAGUCACAGCCGUCAGCCAGGCCUAGCAUGAGGCAAGUGCUCCAGUACCUCAAUGGGAAUACCAGUUUGCCGGAUUUUUCACCAGAGAAUAUUGAAAAUGGUAUGGCCAUGUCAAACAAUCAAGCAUUUUCUGAUUUCAUAAAGUCAUUUCCUUCUAAUUCCCAUUCCAGCACUGACUCAAUCCUCAACAAUGGGCGUUAAAUCCUUCAACUUCAGAGGUUGAAUGGAAUUUCAGUUUUUCAGCAUUAUAAGGAUGUUUUUGGCAGUUUCAACUUCUUGUAGAUAGUAAUAAAAUUGUUAGCAAUAAAAUUAUUAUUAUUAU